AUGGUUGACCCAAUUGGUGUGACACAUACGACAAGGGGUCUCUCAAAAGACAGUAAACAUUCAGUUUUAGUACAGUAUCCCACAAUGGGUCCGAUAAUCAGAAUUAACAAACCCAAGGAGCCUGAAUCAGGCGGUGGAACGGAACCUAAACUAAAAAAGAUCAAGUUAAAGACUGGAGGAAGCAGUUCCAGCAGCAAUAAUUCCAAGCCUGCACCAAAGCUUAAAAUCAAACUGAAAAAGCGUGAUAAUCAAGAGGAUAAAGAUAUCAGCAAUAAUAAUAAUGUGGGCACUUCGAAGGGAAGCUCGCGGCCCAUGAAGUUAAAAAUCAAUCUAAAAAAACGGGAAGAUUCACAUCCACAAUUAGUGCCGCACUCCCAAUCGCAUCAGCAGCAGCAGCAGCGCAAAAGUACGAGUGUUGUCAAGACUCCUAAGUUCAGAAUCAAACCUGUACGAGUUCCCGGUGAAGGGUACGAUUCUGAGGCCAGUGAUGUAGAGGAUGAUCCGCUAAUCGAGGAAGGUAUAAUUCUAAGAGUAUUACCAGAUUUGAGUGCAGAAUUCGUUAAAAACUCUAUAGAGAGUGGUGAUUACUCUGAUGUCAGUAUCAAAUGGAAGGGUGAGAGACACGCGGUUGUGAAAGUGAAUGGGGUGCAAUAUGGUGCUGUAUUAGUCAACUUGCCAAGUAUAAUCGAAGUUAACAAGAGUGUUGACAGAAAGAACUUAUUGAAGACGUUUGACGUUAGUCAGAUGUUAAUAUGUGUUCGUACAGUGAAUAAGGAAGAAGAAGUGUUUUCUUUGCAAGUAAGCGAUACGGAAGAUCUUACUAAGAAACAUUUUGAAGAGUAUCAGAAGGAAAUUACCGAGCAACGGAAACAGCAACUCAGAGGGUACAAUGGCGGCCCAUUGACUGAUGCUGAAAGUAAAAACAUCGAACAAAUCAUAAACAAGCGUUACGAUUAUAAGCAUGGUAUCACCCCUCCUUUGUAUAAUGCUCGCAACCGUCGCUUCAGACAUAGGAUGGGACCAACUGCCUUUGAUUAUGUGGAACGUACUGUUGAAAAAUUAUUGAAAUUAGAUGCUGAAGCUGAAGAGUUCGGGUACGAGCUAGUUAAUGAGGAUGCAAUUCAACAGCAAAGGUCUACAAGUGCAGCAGAUCUUGCACAUUAUCAAAAGGCUGGUGAGCAUAUGGAUGAAACAUCUUCUGUUGGCUACAGCCAAGAGAUCAAACCACAUCAUGUUACAGGUGCCGCGGAAGAAGAUGAGGAAGAGGAUCAUGAAGAAGAUCUUGAAUUGGAAUUGGAACAAGCUCUACAAACAGAAACUACUGAUGGUUCUAUACCGGCAAGCAUGGUUAAUGGACCGGCUGGAGCAGCGAUGUCUACAGAUACUGGCAGUGUUGUAAGACCAGGACAACUUCUUGAGGAGACCGGUGAUGACGUUGAACAAGAUAACGGUGAUGAUGAAGACGAAGAGGAGGAGGACGAAGAGGAAGAAGAGGAGGAAGAAGAGGAUGAAGAAGAGGAGGAUGAAGAGAACGGUGCUGAUGGAUUAUCCGGAUCAGUUACAACAGGAACAACUAAGUCACGUGUCUCAGACAACGAUGGUGCUAACGAAGAAGAGCAACACAGAGAAUUAUUACUUGAUGAAUUGAGGGAACUAGAAAGUACGUUAGAAUUAAACCGGAAUAAAGCCAGUAGGACUACGAAUCCGUUGUUAAAGACAAGAUUCUUAGAAAGUAUCAAGAAGCUUGAGAAAGAAGUUGAAUUGAAACGAAAACAGUUAGGAGAACCAGUUGUUGUAGACGAUGCAGGAAAUGUACAGACAGCUCAAGACAUCUCAGAAAACGUACCCGAUACUGAAGCCGGUGCAGUAUCGAACAAGGCCGCAAUCAGAAAUGGCAGCGUUAGUAGCGGUGGUAGUGGCGUAACCGGAUCGGCAUCAAUUCCAAACAAUGCUACGAUUACCAAUGGAGUGGAAAACAUUGGUACCGAAGGGAAUCUUUAUGAGGAGGAGGAUGAACUAGAAGAAGAGGAAGAAGAGGAGGAGGAGGAAGAGGAGGGAGAAGAAGAGGAAGAAGAAGAGGAAGAGGAACAGGAAGAGCAACGGCCGGACGAAGAACCGCAACAAGGACAAGAAGCAAGACAAGGUACUGAAGAACUUGAUCAAGAUGACAUGGAUAUGAUGCUUCUUUUCGGAGCGGAUAACGAUUAG